AUAAGCUUGACCAAGACUGCAACUCGUAAGCCCCAAAAAAAACCCACCUUUCUCUUAUCCCCCAAUCCGGCGCUCGCCGGCCAUCUCCCUCCGCCUCCUCUCCGGCGAGAUGCUGACCUGCGGCCGGUUCCUCUCCUCCUCCUCCGCCGCCUCCACCCCCUCUCUAUCCUCCUUCCGUAACCUAAGCAUCUCCCUCCUCCGCCGGCCCCAUCUCCGCCUCCUCUCCUCGGCCUCCGCGACCGCCGCCACCGCCGUCGAGCCGGACACCAAAAGUGGCGUGGGCGGCGACGGCGGCGGCGCCGCGAAGCCGCAGUGGAAGGCCGCGAUAGACUUCAAGUGGAUCCGGGAGAACACGGACACCGUCGCGGCCAACAUCCGCGAUCGCAACUCCGCCGCCAACCUCGACCUCGUCCUCCAGCUCUACGACGAGUACCUCGCGCUGCAGAAGGAGGUUGAACGGCUCCGAGCUGAAAGAAAUGCAGUUGCUAACAAGAUGAAAGGGAAACUAGAACCAUCUGUGCGUCAAGCCCUUGUUGAAGAAGGUAAGAACCUGAAAGAAGGGCUUAUUGCUCUAGAAGAGGACCUUGUUCAGCUGACUGAUAAGCUUCAGCUGGAAGCACAAAGUAUUCCCAAUACCACACAUCCAGAUGUUCCUGUAGGGGGUGAGGAAAGUUCUAUCGUCAGAAAAGAGGUUGGCAGUCAGAGAAGCUUCAAUUUCACCAUCAGAGAUCACCUUCAGCUAGGAAAAGAACUUGAUUUGUUUGAUUUUGAUGCAGCUGCUGAGGUUAGUGGGUCGAAGUUCUACUACUUGAAGAAUGAAGCUGUUUUGUUGGAGAUGGCCCUUGUUAAUUGGGCCAUUACAGAAGUCUCAAAGAAAGGUUUCACUCCAUUAAUAACUCCAGAGAUUGUAAGGUCAUCUGUUGUUGAGAAAUGUGGUUUCCAACCAAGGGCCCAAAAUACUCAGGUCUAUUCAAUCGAUAACAGUGAUCAGUGCCUCAUAGGCACUGCAGAAAUUCCCGUCGGAGGCAUCCAUAUGGACUCUAUACUCCCUGAUUCUGAUUUGCCUCGAAAAUAUGUAGCCUAUUCACACUGUUUUCGCACUGAAGCUGGUGCUGCAGGCUCUGCCACAAGGGGUCUCUACCGUGUACAUCAGUUUAGCAAGGUUGAGAUGUUUGUAUUUUGCCGGCCUGAGGAGAGCAACAAGUGCCAUGAAGAACUUAUUACUAUUGAAGAGGAACUUUAUGCAUCACUUGGACUUCAUUUCAAGACUUUGGAUAUGGCAACUGGGGAUCUGGGUGCACCAGCCUACAGAAAGUUUGACAUUGAGGCAUGGAUGCCAGGCCUAGAUAGAUAUGGAGAGAUCUCGAGCGCGUCAAACUGCACGGACUAUCAGAGCAGGCGGCUGGGCAUCCGGUUCCGCCCAUCGCCUGCAGAUCCUCCACAGACGAACGCGAAGAAAGGGAAGGGCAGCUCAGGCCCAACACAGUUUGUCCACACACUCAACGCGACGGCGGUUGCUGUUCCUCGCUUGAUCAUAUGCAUUCUGGAGAACUUUCAGCAAGAGGAUGGGACCGUGGUGAUCCCAGAGCCGCUGAGGCCCUUCAUGGGUGGAAUUGAAGUGCUCUCCCCAAAAACCAAGUGACCAGCGUGAAGUGAAGCUCACCACCAUGUUUACUUUGAACAUGGUUUUCUUUUAAAAUUUUUCUGGAGGUGUAU